AUGAGACAGCUAAUAAUAAGCUUAGGAGAUCAUAUCACCAAGUAUAAGAUUGGGCCACUUGUAUUGCUUAUUUAGAUUCGAACGCUUGGAACAGUUUUGGAUAUAGUUGGAUUUAAAAUUUCCUCAACUGCCUACUUAGAAAACUGUAAAAUUUUACAUAGAUGUCCGAUCUCUGCGCAAUAUUCCUACUGAAACUCACAUCCCAGACCUAGGCAGCGCCAAAUUCAUUGCUCCAAACACUUCAAUAAUCGGCGACGUCAAAUUUGGAAAGAAUUCUUCAUUGUGGUAUGGCUCAGUCGCUCGUGGAGACAUCCAAAAAAUCGAAAUCGGAGAUAAUACCAUAAUCCAAGACCUCGUAACAAUAAAAAGAAAUGACGGGAAAACAGACCCAAUUGUUAUAGGGAAGAAUGUAUUUAUAGGACCUGGCUGCAAGAUUGGCGGAUGCACUCUUCAUGAUCAUAGUUUUAUUAGCAUGGGGAGCACAAUUGAAGAUGAUUGUGUUGUUGAGAGCUAUGGAUUUCUAGCUGCUGGAGCUGUUCUUGCAAAAGGCUCAAAGGUACCAUCUGGACAAGUUUGGGCAGGAAGCCCAGCUCAUUUCUUAACUCUUUUAUAUUAGUGAUAAUGCUCAAAGAAGUAAUGUAGGUAAAAAUUGUUAAAAUAAUAAAAAUUAUUUUUUAUUUAUAUGUUAAUGCUAAUAAGAUUACGAUUGUUCAAGUUCAGAUUCUUGUGGUCUUGGCUUGGAUUGACAGCUCUAAAUAAUGGUAGGUAAAAUCGCUUAACAGUCAAACUGUUCAUGUCCCCAAGUCUCUUAGGACUUCUUUACCCAUGCCAGUCUCAGUGUGGAUCAAUUUUCUUGACGCCAAAACCUCAACUUCUUCGGUUAAAGGACAGUGGUGCUGCCUCUACUGCCAUUUAAAAUUUUAUUUAUAUAUAAUCUAAAGGCAAAGUAAGAGAAGUCACCAAUGAAGAAAGAGAUGCAAUCUACGAACAUUUCAACGAAACAAGUCUUAAGCUUAAUCUCAAAUCACAGAUGAAUGAAAGCGUAUGGUUUGUGCAGUCACAAAGAUCGAUAAAAGGCUCUUUCACUUUGCAAUGCCCACACCUAGGUUUGUUCGAAGAAAGAUGACUCGCCAGCAGAAUGCUUGAACAUCAUCUUCUCCUCUAGAAAUUGCUAAAGCUACUAGAGUAGUCGAACGAGCAUGAGAGAGGCACGCAUCCUCCUUACCUUGCUGGAACUUCAGGUUGAGUGGGCGGAUUAUGGAAUUCUGCGACCCUCCUCUGGAGCAUUUGAGUACUAUAUUGAUUCAGGAAAUACCCAGAGUCUAUCUGCUGGUGGGUGCCUGCUCUUAGCGGCUACAGGGAAAGGUCUGAUCCCUGGACCUAGGCCGCAAACCUGGUAUGGCAUUGAAUUCCACCUUCAUGAUCCUGAAGGACAUUGCCUGUUAAUUCUUUUCAACUCAGGAACUAACUACACCCGUUUUAAAUUGGGUUAAAUUUUAAUUUUUUGGGGUUGGAACAAACAUUUUUUUAUAUCGAAAAUUUGAUAGUUUAAAAAUAAUUUUAUAUUAUUAGCUUUAGCUUAAUUAAUUGGAAAAAUUGCAAUUAGAAUAUAAUUUAAACAGCUUUUAUUAAUUUUUCAUAAAUAAUUAAAACUCAAAAAUAGCAUUAAAUUAUAUUUUUAAAAAUCUUAAAAAUAUUUUUUCAAUGAAAAAUUUAAUAUAAAUUGGCGGACUUUUGGUUCUAAUUUAAAAGGGAGAGUAAAUUAAAAACCUACCAGAUAUAUAUAGCACAUAUCCGGCAUGAAUCUCGACUGGUUUCUCGCCCUUUUCGCCUUGGCCAUGAGGCUAAGAAAAUUGCGUCAAGAGGUCGGGUACACUUCGGUCACCAUUUAUCUAAUUGUAUCGAAGCAAGUCAACUAGCCGAAGUUCAUCAUGAAGAAGCUGAAAAGUCAUUUGAAACUGUUUUCUUACUCCCCCCCUCCGUGAGUGAACAAAAAAAUUUUGUUCACUCACGGAGAGGGGUUAAUUUUUUUUUUUUUUAAAAAAAAUUUAUAUAUAAAUUUUAUAAAAAAUAUUUUUUUUCGAAAUUAAAAAAAAUCUAAUUCGCAAAAAUUGGAAAGCAAAUAUUAAUUUAAUUUAUAAAAUCUAUGUUUUAAAAAGCAAUUCGUUUGAAAUUAAACAGAAUUAGCUCUAGAUUUCAUUAUAAUAAUUAUCAUUUAUAUAUCAAAUUUUUUUUCCAUAAAAAUUUUUUCUAUUAAAACAAUUUUUGUUCACUCAUGGAGGGUGGGGUUUUUGGGCAAAAAAUAGCGAUUUUUCUAAUGGUUUUGCUCACUCACUCACGGAGGGGGGGGAGUUAGAUGAUUGGGAAAAAGAUCGCAAAUUCCGGAGAAACCACAUAGAAACCUUGCUUGACAAGCUGGAAGAGCUAGACAUUUCUUCACAUGGUCAUGAUGCCCCAGAAACUGAGUUUAUCCACGGCAACCAAAGAUGGAACUACAACGAAAGGCAGCAAACUGAAAAAAUAAGUGAGAGGAACUGGAAACCUUUCAAUGAAGAUGGUGCUGUAUUUCCAGAUGAAUGGAAAGUUUAUGGAGAAGACAUGGACAGAUAUGAAAGGGCCAAGAAGGUAUUUGACGCUCCUCCUCCUGCUUAUGAAGCUCCAAAUGCUCCUUCAAUCCCUAGAGACCAAACCCCAUGGACUAGAAGAUAUUAA